AUGUCACCAUCUUCCCCAGAACCGUUCUUCGCGCCGUCAUCGCCGAUAUCUUCCGUGAAGCGAUCCCAGUUCACCCACCGCAACCUGCAGCAGCUUCGCACAGCGUCGGCAUCGAGUCCUCUACGGGUGAUCGCACACAUCGACCUCGAUGGAUUCUAUGCACAAUGUGAAAUGGUCCGACUGGGCACGUCGCGCGACACCCCGCUCGCGGUCCAGCAGUGGGACUCUCUCAUCGCGGUCAACUAUGCGGCACGCCCGUUCGGCGUCUCCCGCAUGAUCUCCGCGGCCGAGGCGAGGAAUCUCUGUCCUAGUAUCAUCCUGCAGCACGUGGCGACCUUCCGAGAAGGCGAGGGUGGGAAAUGGGCUUACCGUGACGAUGCGUUCAAGCGCGUCAGCACCGACAAGGUCUCCUUGGAUCCGUAUCGAGCCGAGUCGCGCAAGAUCAUCUCUGUGAUCGAGGAAGAGCUGUCGAGAUGGUACAAAGUCCUGGCUAAUCCGGGGAGAAAUGUCCAGCCUGCGAUUCUGCAGAAGGCAGGCAUUGAUGAGGUGUUUAUAGAUCUUUCACCUCUGGUGUUUGGUUUACUUCUCCAGAGAUACCCCGAGUUACAGGUGACAACAGAUGAGGACAGCAAACUUUCUGUCCUUCCGCCCCCUCCUACUACCGCGCUCGAGUGGCACCCGGAAGAUUGCCUUGUGGACCUGGACACGAAGGAGAUGGAGAUUGAUGACCCUGACUGGGAUGAUAUUGCGAUCCUUCUGGGGUCUGAGAUUGUUCGCGCGGUUCGCAAGGCUGUUUGGGAUGCGUUGAGUUAUUCUUGUUCUGGAGGGGUUGCGAAGAACAAGAUGAUUGCUAAGUUGGGGAGCGCCUGCAACAAGCCGAACAAACAGACCGUGGUUCGCAACCGCGCCAUUCAAAAUUUCCUGGGUGGCUACAAGUUCACAAAGAUUAGAAUGCUGGGAGGCAAACUGGGAGACCAAGUCAGCGCCGAGUUUGGGACGGAGCAGGUCAUUGAUCUGCUUAAAGUGUCUUUGGAGCAGUUCAAGGCCAAGUUCGAUGAUGAUACUGCCACGUGGUUAUAUGGCAUCAUCCGUGGAGAGGAUCUCAGCGAAGUCAACACCAGAACGCAGAUCAAGUCCAUGCUGUCCGCCAAAUCCUUCCGACCGAGUGUCAAUUCAACUGAGCAAGCCGAGAAAUGGCUGCAUAUCUUUGCGGCUGACAUCUACAACCGCCUUGUAGAGGAGGGCGUGCUUGAAAACAGACGACGUCCAAAAACGAUUACCUUGUACCAUCGCCAGGGAGGACAGGUACGGUCCCGACAAAUCCCCAUACCGGCGUCCAAAUCGAUUGACGAAAUCCAACUUUACGAGCUUGCAAGGACGCUUCUCCGUCAGGUCGUGGGUGAUGGUCGCGCAUGGCCCUGUGCCAACCUGUCGCUCAGCGUCGGUGGGUUUGAAGAAGGCGUCACGAAUAAUCGCGCAAUCGACGGCUUCUUGCUUAGAGGCGAAGAGGCGAAGUCUAUAGCUCAGCUAGCAAAACAACCAGAAAAUGGUCACGGCCAUGAUUGGGAACCACAGGCAAAUGAAAAGAGGCGGAAGCUUGACAAUAGUGGGAUCAGACGAUUCUUCAACCAGCAGCCAGAUAUCAACAACGGACAAGAAUUAUUUGGCGAGUCUGAUGCUAUCACAGAAACACCCGAUGUACACGAGCAACUCACCAAAAAGACAGAAGAUCAAGAUCCGACGAACCCAGACCAAUUGUCUUCGAAUCUAUACACUUGUCCCCGAUGCAGCAAAUCUCUUGAUGAGUGGGAGAGGGAUGAACACAACGACUGGCACUUUGCUAAAGACCUGGAGUCUCAAGACAGGCAAGUCGCCGAGACACCACAGCAACAAGCGCGUCAGACACGAGGUCCGACUCCGCGUGGGAGAGGCCGAGGAGCUCGAGGGAGGUCAGAGAAGGGGCAAACCCGACUUGCUUUUAGUUAA